UGUCAAUGCAAAGAUAAGAUGAGUGUAUUUAUGUAAAACGAUUUUUUAUGAGCGAGAAGGAAUUAAAGGGCACAGUUGAGGUCCCUGCUCUGAAAUGAAAAUCCAGAUGCUGUGCAGCCUUCCUGGCAAUUUUGGAUGGUCCUUUCUCAGUUCUGGCUUCCAAGUGUGGCGUUAUUUGGUCUGUCAUUUUCCACUGACCAAGGGCAACUUUGUUCAACUGCAGCUUUUCCUCUAGUUAAUGUUCAUCCUGUCCACAACCCCCUCUUGAACAUGACUGUUUUAUUCCCUCAGCGUUUCUCUCAUCAUGAGUUCUGAAUUAAACGUUCCAGUGGAUCCUUCCACUCCUGCUUGCUGCUCUGAGCCUGGCACAAAGGGCAUGGAUUAUCGGGACUGGGUCCGGCGCAGCUACCUGGAAUUGGUCACUUCCAACCACCACUCUGUUCAGGCCCUUUCCUGGAGAAAAUUGUACCUGAGUCGAGCCAAACUGAAGGCCUCCAGCAGAACCUCUGCUUUGCUCUCUGGAUUUGCAAUGGUGGCCAUGGUGGAGGUGCAGCUGGAGGUGCAGUACAAGUACCCCCAGAUGCUGCUGAUCGCCUUCAGCGCCUGCACGACGGUGCUGGUGGCCGUGCACCUCUUCGCCCUCCUCAUCAGCACCUGCAUCCUACCCAACGUGGAGGCUGUGAGCAACAUCCACAACCUGAACUCCAUCAGUGAGUCCCCGCACGAGCGCAUGCACCCCUACAUCGAGCUGGCCUGGGGCUUCUCCACUGUCCUGGGAAUCCUCCUUUUCCUUGCUGAAGUCGUGCUCCUGUGCUGGAUAAAAUUCCUGCCAGUGGGCUCCAUCCUGAAAAAUGAGACCACCAACGUGGAGAAGCCCAGCAGCCACGCAGGGUGGCAGUCAGCACUGGUGUCCACCAUCAUCAUGGUUCCCGUGGGUCUGAUUUUUGUUGUCUUCACCAUCCACUUCUACCGCUCCUUGGUGCGGCACAAAACAGAGCGGCACAACCGCGAGAUCGAGGAGCUCCACAAACUGAAAGUGCAGCUGGAUGGGCAUGACAGAGGCAUGCAGGUGGUGUGACAGAGCCUGCACACAGCUCAGCUAGGGCUGAGAGCAAAGUACCUGGUCUGCUGCUUGGUGAGACGCACCAGGGAUGGAUUUUCUUGAGGCUUAAAUCUGUAAAUGCUACUUGCCUGCCAUUUCUAGAUGUGGGUUCUUGUGCUGUUCCACGUGCUGGGGGCUCUGCCCUGGUUCUGGUCCCACACACUUGGUACUUAAGUCGACACUACUGUGGUGUUCAAGGUCAAAACUUUAUCUACCUUAACGUUGGUAGCCAAAAAUCUGUAUUUUGUACAAAUGCAAUAUUCCGUUGCCAAAAGUGAAACUGCAUCGGCUGUCCCAAAAGCCUGUGUGUGUGUAGGACCUGUCUUACAUGUCAGAACUCCCUGGCUGUCAGUGCAGCCACAGUUAACUGGCAUCUCAUUCCUAGAGCAAAGCUGAUUAAUGUGGGUACCUGCAGCUGAUUCAAGGAUAUCCAGGAAAGCACAACAGAAACUGAGAAUGUUGAUCACCAUUGUUCCAAAGCAAGUAUUCCAUAAAUACAUAACAAGAAAGAAAACAGCCUUAGCUUUUAUGUUAUUUUCUUGCUGUUCUUUACUAUAUUUUUACAGUUUGGGAUGUAGAAUUUUGAAUUGCAGGAGGUUGGGAAGUUCUCUCAUACUUUCUUCAGUGGCAUCUGUCACCUUAGGUUGAGUGAGUCCCAAGAUCAUGUGUUUUUUCCCAGUAAGAGGCAAGAGUGCCUAGGGAAAGCUUACAGGUGUUUUAGUUUUAACAAGGACAUUCCUAAAACGGAACAGUGACAGGGAAUUUAAUGAGACAAGACUUUGAAGGACUAACAAAGCAAGUUUCAAGGAGGUAAAGGAGUGACAGCAAGUAUUGUAGAAAUCUGCCACUGUGUCUUUUUUAUUUGUGCAUUGCUGUGAUGCCUUUUACCCAGUUUGCUGGAGAGAACAAGCCCAGUCCUGUGCUAUUUCAUCAUUUGGGGUUUUUGUUUUUGUUUUUUUUUUUGUUUUUUUUUUCCUUUUUUUAAUUGGCUGUAGCAUUUUUCUGUCAGAAAUGAAUGCUUCCUUCUCCCUCCACCAUAGCAGUUGACUCCUGGCGGAACCUGGAGCUGUUCUGGCGAGCCUGAUGGAGCUGGAUCUGGCAGGAAUGCUCUGUGCCAUUAAAGAGCUAUCCCUUUCCUUUGAGAUCAUUUCUUUUUUCAGCAGCUGAGACAAUGACACUUGCAUGUCUGUGUUGCUUGGCAAGGGAAGCUUGUAAAUUCCUUAGCAUCUUUAUGGGUGAAAACUUCUGUAAAAAAUACCCCGAUUUUAUGAUUUUUUGUAACUUUGUGGAGAGAAAAGAGUGUUUUGCAAUCAUCAGCUCUUUUAAGGGAAAGUCAGGCUUUCUGACACACAGGGCUGCAAGAAGGAUAAGCACAUUUUCUUGGCCCUGAUCCUGUGCUGGUUUCCUCCUCUGCACUCCAAAACUGCAGUUUCAGAGUCUCUGAGGCCUUAUAGGUUUCUGAAAUCAUUAAGGAUGUUUAUAAUGUUCUAUUUAACCCUGGGUCCUUAUUCCACUGGGAUUUGAGGGGUCUAAUGGCAAUGUAUUACAUGUCAGCUUCCCAGAAGGGAGAGUACAGGCAAACCCCAGGGUGAGACUCCCAAUAUUCCUCUCUGGCAGGGGCACUGGGAAACCAGCUCUCAUCUCUCUUGUUUACAUGUAAAUGUGAGCCUUGCUGAACAAGUUGCUUAGCACUGUGUCUGUGGCUUUCAUCUGCUGUUCUUGUUGCAGUUGGCAUGUACCAUAAUGGCUGAUGUGCAGCAAAGAAAAUAGUCUUUGUGUGCUAAAUGACUAAUCUGUACUCAUGUGCACAUGCAAAAAACAAGGAGUGUCCUCCAGGAAGUGGGGUGGUCGUGAAAUUCAUAUGAACUCCCCAGGACU